CGAGUAUAUCUUAUAUUUAAUCAAUAAAUAAUUAGCCCAUACUAAACUAUUUAGAACUCAUUCGUGCCUUAUUCCUUGCGAGAAAAUGGUAUCAUUGUCAAAUUUUCUUAGUUUCGAAGCAAAAAGACACGUACCCCCACUCAUUUAAUCCUUUUUCACUAGAAUUUUUCUGCUUUCUAGAUAAGAUCUCUCACAGCCUGGUUGGAUAUGGGAAGUGAAGGAAAGAAAAAUAAUGAAUAAUUGACAUCUUCCUUUUUUAUUUGGGAAGUACGUAAAAAUAAAUAAAAGGAAUAUACACCCUACUUUACUUUCAUUAUUUUACUUCUUCCACUCCCAUGAUUUACCAAACAAAGAGUCGGAUCCUAAAAGAGAAAGGGGCAAAAGCCCAAAUUCUUGUAAAGGUGGAGUCAGAAACACGUAAUGCUUAGCCCUGAGGAAUCAGAAUUUUUCUCAAAGUCUCCCUGUUUGAAUCCCAUUUUUUUACUCUCUACCUAAGACCCGUAACUCGGUUGAAGACAGAAGUUGGUAACCAACACAAGGUCAUAAGCCACGUCUAGAAAGCUUUCAAGGUUCCAGGUUUCAAACCUUCAGCUUUUUACCAAUUAGCCCCUAAUGAGAUUAGGAAUAGUUGGUCACCCACAUAAUUCAUCACAAAUUCCUAUAAAAGCCAGACUUUUCCCUCCCAAUUCCAUCUCAUUAAUCAAACUCAAGUAAUUACAGACAUCUUCCAAUUCUGCAGGCGUUUUCAGAGACUCAAUGGCACACAGAGAAAUAGCAACGAGUUUGGCUCUGAUCGUUGUGAGCAUGCUAUGGGCAGGAGCUAUGGCUCAGUCUAGUUGUACUAACGUGUUAAUAAGCAUGUCACCAUGCCUGAAUUACAUCACAGGGAACACCUCAACUCCAUCUUCACAGUGCUGCACACAGCUUUCAAGUGUUGUUCGCUCUUCACCCCAGUGCUUGUGUGAGGUUCUAAAGGGUGGCGGCUCAUCACUUGGAAUCAACAUCAACCAGACCCAGGCUCUCGCCUUACCUGGUGCUUGCAAUGUUCAGACUCCACCCAUUAGUUCUUGCAAUGCUGCUUCUCCAGCCGCCUCUCCAGAAGGGACAACAGAAGGUCCAACCAGAACUCCAGGAACUGGAUCCAAAACAGUACCAUCAACAGAAGCAGAUGGAACCUCAAGUGGAAGCUCCAUGAAGUUGUCAAUCUCAUUGCUUGCGUUCCUUCUUUUUGCAGCUUCAUAUGUUUCAACCUUCACGACAUACUGAUUUUCUGAUCAGCAAGUCCACCUUUCACUAUUUCUCAAUCUUGCAUAUUCACAGAUAUUAUUACUGUAUUCAUAAUUUAUUAUUGAUUUCUCUUUGGUUGAGGGUGCAUGUUGUUUAUUUUUCUUGACCCCAUUUGAGGUUCGUAUAUUUUUGUAUUACUGAAUAGAUUUGUUGCUCUCUUCCCUUUCAUAAUAAAACCAUUAUUGCUGGCCUAAGCAUACCA